GGGGGAGGGGGGGGACGGCGAUAGCGACUGGAGGAGCAGCCGUCGCGGCCGCUGUUGGGGGUGCGCAUGUUAUGUGUGUGUAGAAGGGUUGUAACCCCUUCUAGCAGGCAGGAUUUAACGCUAUCGCCUUCUCCUGCGUUUUAACAACAUUAUUACUAUAACCACCGUCAUUACAGUUAUUGUUGUUAUCAUCCCCCCCAUCCUUAUCACCGUUCUACUAUUAUUGGACUUGUUGGCGGCGGCGGCGAUAGCUGGAGUCUCGGCGGCUCCUCCACAACCACCUCACCAUGUCCUAGAAAAGUUAUGGAGACCAAGGGAUACCACAGUUUUCCUGAAGGCCUAGAUAUGGAACGACGUUGGGGUCCAGUUUCUCAAUCUGCAGAACAUUCUUCUUUGGGGUCUGGAGAGAGGACUGAUCAGAAUAACUAUAUGGAGAUUAUAAAUGUGAGCUGUGUUUCCGGUGCUAUUCCAAACAACAGUACUCAAGGAAACAGCAAAGAAAAACAUGAACUACUCCCUUGCCUUCAGCAAGACAGUAAUCAGUCUGGGAUUUUAACAUCUGAUAUUAAAACAGAGUUGGAAUCUAAGGAACUAUCAGCAACUGUAGCUGAAUCUAUGGGUUUGUACAUGGACUCGAUAAGAGAUGCUGAUUUUGCCUAUGAUCAGCAGAAUCAGCAAGGAAGAAGCAUCAGUCCAGCAAAAAUUUAUCAAAAUGUCGAACAGCUGGUAAAAUUUUACAAAGAAAAUGGCCAUCGCCCUUCUACUUUAAACAGUGUGAACAGGUCCUUGAGAUCAUUUAUAGCUGAUUCUGGAAAUUCUGUGAAUGGUAGUAUCAUGCGCUCUAUUGUGAAAAGCCCCAUAAUAUGUCAUGAGAAAAGUCCUUCUGUUUGCAGUCCUCUGAACAUGACUUCUUCAGUGUGCAGUCCUGCUGGAAUCAACUCAGUGUCCUCAACUACAGCCAACUUUGGCAGUUUCACAGUGCACAGUCCGAUUACCCAGGGAACUCCUUUGCCAUGUUCCCCAAAUGUUGAAAAUCGAAGCUCUGUGUCGCACAGUCCUGCGCAUGCUAGCAAUGUAGGUUCUCCUCUGUCUAGUCCAAUAAGUAGCAUGAAAUCCCCGAUUUCAAGCCCUCCUAGUCACUGUAGUGUAAAAUCUCCUGUCUCUAGUCCUACUAAUGUCACUAUGCGCUCCUCUGUGUCCAGUCCUGCAAAUAUCAACAACUCAAGGUGCUCCAUUUCUAGCCCUUCCAAUACAAAUAAUAGGUCUGCUCUUUCUAGUCCAGCAGCUAGCACUGUGGGAUCUUCUAUCUGCAGCCCAGGAAACAAUGCCUUCGGCUUUGCUGCUUCUGCCACAUCGGUUGGAUCCAGUACAACCCAGGAUGUUGUUCCUAGCCCAGAAACGAAUGAGAGAGGUGCUCAAGAAGUGACAUUUCCUAAAACAGAGGAAAUAGAAAAUUCCAUCUCUAAUAAUGGUGUGGCUACUCAGCUUAACAUCAUACAGUAUAUAAAAUCUGAACCAGAUGGAGCUUUCAGUAGCUCGUGUCUUGGAGCGAAUAGCAAAGUCAGUUCUGAUUCCCAGUUCUCAGUACCGGUAAAACAAGAGUCAGCCAAGCAUUCGUGCUCAGGUACUUCUUUUAAAGGGAAUCAAACAGUAAAUCCGUUUCCAUUUAUGGAUGGUUCCUAUUUUUCCUUCAUGGAUGAUAAAGACUAUUAUUCUCUAUCUGGAAUUUUAGGACCACCUGUUUCAUCAUUUGAUGGCAAUUGUGAAGGCAGCGGAUUUCCAAAUCCAGGCCUGCCUAUGGGAAUUAAACAAGAGCUUGAUGAUGGUAGCUAUUACCAAGAAAACAGCCUCCCUUCAUCUGCCAUCGUUGGUGUAAAUUCAGGUGGACAGUCUUUUCACUACAGGAUUGGAGCUCAAGGCACAAUAUCUCUAUCCAGACCUAUUGGAAGAGACCAGUCUUUUUCACAUUUGAGCUCAUUUCCUCCAGUCAAUACAUUAGUUGAGUCCUGGAAAUCACACAGUGACUUGUCAUCCAGAAGAAAUGAUGGGUAUCCAGUUCUAGAAUACAUUCCAGAAAAUGUGUCAAGUUCUUCUUUACGAAGUGUUUCUACUACAUCCUCAAGACCUUCUAAAAUAUGUUUGGUGUGUGGGGAUGAAGCUUCGGGAUGUCAUUAUGGGGUGGUGACCUGUGGCAGCUGCAAAGUUUUCUUCAAAAGAGCAGUGGAAGGGCAACACAAUUACUUAUGUGCUGGAAGAAAUGAUUGUAUUAUUGACAAAAUUCGAAGGAAGAAUUGUCCUGCCUGCAGACUUCAGAAAUGUCUACAAGCUGGAAUGAAUUUAGGUGCUCGAAAGUCAAAGAAAUUGGGAAAGUUGAAAGGGUUACACGAAGAACAGCAGCCUCCGCAGCAGGCUCCACCACCACCUCCCCAGAGCCCAGAGGAAGGGACAACGUAUAUUGCACCAGUAAAAGAACCCUCUGUUAAUACAGCACUUGUUCCUCAGCUCUCCACAAUAUCACGAGCACUGACGCCUUCACCUUCUAUGGUCCUUGAAAGCAUUGAACCGGAAAUUGUGUAUGCAGGCUAUGAUAGCUCCAAACCAGAUACGGCAGAAAACUUGCUUUCUACCUUGAACCGCCUGGCUGGCAAGCAGAUGAUUCAAGUCGUAAAGUGGGCAAAGGUACUACCAGGAUUCAAAAAUUUGCCUCUUGAGGACCAAAUUACCCUAAUCCAGUAUUCUUGGAUGUGUCUAUCAUCAUUUGCCUUGAGCUGGAGAUCUUACAAACAUACGAACAGCCAAUUUCUCUAUUUCGCUCCGGAUCUAGUCUUUAACGAAGAGAAGAUGCGUCAGUCCGCCAUGUAUGAACUGUGCCAAGGGAUGCACCAAAUCAGCCUUCAGUUUGUUCGUCUACAACUGACUUUUGAAGAAUAUACCAUAAUGAAAGUGUUACUGCUCCUAAGCACAAUUCCCAAGGAUGGCCUCAAAAGCCAAGCUGCAUUUGAAGAAAUGAGGACAAAUUACAUAAAAGAGCUGCGGAAAAUGGUAACAAAAUGUCCAAGUAACUCUGGGCAAAGCUGGCAAAGAUUCUAUCAGCUGACUAAGCUACUGGACUCCAUGCAUGAUCUGGUGAGUGACUUGUUGGAGUUCUGCUUCUAUACCUUCCGAGAGUCACAGGCCCUGAAAGUGGAGUUCCCAGCAAUGCUGGUGGAGAUCAUCAGUGACCAGCUACCAAAGGUGGAAUCGGGGAAUGCCAAGCCCCUGUACUUCCACAGGAAGUGAUGGAAAAUGUCUUAAUGGAAGAACUUUGCCUUAAGUUUCCCUGUGUUAUUCCACACCCAUGAAGGACCCAAGAAAUCACAUUUUUAACAUGCGAUGAUUCACAGUUCAGCAGUUUUUCAAGUUUAAAAAUCACGUCAAGGGUUUGGGGACUGGAAAGCAGUUCGACAUGGAUUUGGCAAGAACCGGAUGAUUUAAGAGCUCUUCUCCCUACCCUCAGUGCUUAGAAAAUGAUCCCGUUCCUCUGGAUGAAAAGCCAUAUCUAGUCAAUAACUCUUUGAUUUUGAUAUUUUAACCGAUGGAAGUUUUAAAUAUGCCAUGUAGUUUCUGGUAUUGUUUGCUUGUGGUAAAAGGGUUCAAGGACUAAUGAACUUUUUAAAGCUUACCCUUGGUUUGCACAUAAAACGUACAGUCAAAUAUGGGGCAUUAAUAUUCUUUUCUUAUUUAAAAAAAACAAAAAAGAGAAAAAAUAUAUACAGACUCCUCUUGUGUAAUAAUGGAACAUUUGGUGUGGAAUAAUCGCCUCCCCACCUGGGGCAUUUGUUCUCCCAUGUUAUCCUCCAUCACUAGUGGACGCACCUUCGGUGUCCAUUUAUUAUUUAAUUAAAUGGAUAAAAUGUUAAAACAAAUGCCUCAGUUUCCAUUUAUAUUAUCUAUUGUGCUGGCUUUACAAAUAAUUUUUCGCAGUCUUUUGCUGUACUGUAUAUUACUGUAUGUAUAAAUUGUGAAGGACCUGAAAUAAGAUGUAAGGAACUUUUGUAAAUGAGACACAUACAAAAAAAAUCUUUAAUGGUUAAUAGGAUGAAUGGGAAAGUAUUUUUGAAAGAAUUCUAUUUUGCUGGAGACUAUUUAAGUACUAUCUUUGUCUAAACAAACAAGGUAAUUUUUUUUUUGUAAAGUGAAAUGUUCUGCAUGCCUAAUGAAGCGUUUACAGUGUAUUUAAGAAAGGGAAAGCUGUGCCUUUUUUUAGCAUCCUAGAAGAUUUACCAUUUUACAGUGUCUGUUGUAAAUAACCACACAGUUUUUCAGUUGUCUUUAAGCCUUUCUAUUCUCCUGUAUUCUGUUUCCCCUUUUGUCUGCCCCUUGCAAGUACCUGUGAGCCGAGUACACUUUAGGACUCCAGCUUCCGCCUUCCCCAAGGAACAUUGUUGAGUUGUGUUUACAGCUUCAUGAAGGUUUCCUUUAACAAGACACAACAAACAGGGGGCUCAGCAGCCUUGGCAGCUUUAGAGCUGUAGGGACAAUCUGCCUCUUCUCCCGUCCACAAGCAAAAGUAAGUCAUGUGAUGUUGGGGCUGGGAGGGGGGGGGGAAGUCGUUUAAAGGUUGCUUUACAUCUAUUUUAUGCUUCUUUCUUUGGGAGAAAAUGCAAGCAACCUCUUAUGGGUUCCUCUUCCUGCUUCUGGUGUGUAGGGGAAGGUCAAGGGAGCAUAGCUCCUGGGAGGGAGGAUCUCACCAGAUUGGAAUUGGCAUAAGGCUGAGACUGGCAGAUUACUGGUGGGGUUGACAUCUUCAAAAUAAGAAUCUUCUAACGCCUUUUAUAACGAAACUGCAGCUCCUACCAACACAUGAUAACACCAAAAGUUCAACUCAAUUCAUCUGGUUCAGGCUCAGGUCUCUCCGUAGCCUAGAAGUAUAACUAAGCAUGUUUGGGGGCAGAGCUAACAGUCUGAUUUCACAAGAUAAACUGCUGAGAGUAGAGGCCAAAGGAAUCUUUCCAAGAGUAAUGAUUAACAUAAGUACUCACUCAUGGAAAUCACAUCCAUUUCCCUAAAUUCUCCCGGCUAACACUGAGGGAGGGAGCCCAGGUCCCCUAGAAUGCAGCAUUCCACUCUCACCACCCUUUCCCUGCAGGCCCAUUAGGCACAAGCUUAUGGGAGCACAUUCACCCAUGACAACAUGACCCUGGUCUUUUUAAACGACACCUGCCUUAUGUAAUGGGAAACGUAUGAACGCUGUACUCAAGAGGGAAGGGGUCUUCUUACAUACUUUGCAACUUCAGGAAUUUAAUUUAAUCAACUGAUCUUUAACUACAAACUGACAUGCACAGCAAUACGAAAGCCACCCACAGAAGGCGAUAAAUACACAGCAUGCAGACUGGGGGUUUCUGGAAAAGAAAUGGAUACAAAUGCCGCUUUUUAGUUCAGACUUAAUUUUUACAGAAUUGGAAUUUCAACUUAACCAGGUUUGGGAUGAAUACAGUCUGCAUCAGCUUUUUGUAUUAACAAAGUUACUGGCUUUUUCUGUCUCCAGGUAACUUUGCUUGAUUAAACAGCAAAGCCAUAUUCUAAACUCACUGUUGAAUGCUUGUCCCAGUCCAAAUUGUCUGUUUGCUCUUAUUUUUGUACCAUAUUGCUCUUAAAAAUCUUGGUUUGGUACAAUUCAUAAUUCACUGAAACUUCUUCAUAGAAUUAAAAAACACACUAAAUUAGUUUAAAAAAAGCAAUUUAUAUCUUUAUGCAAAAACAUAUGUCUGUCUUUGCAAACGACUGUAAGCAGAUUACAAUAAAUCCUUUACUUUAA